GUGGUCCGGUGCUGUUGAGUUCACACAAUUUAACAAGGAAGUGUAGUUAUAAAACACACUUUACGCUUCAGGAGCCGUAGGAGUCGAGUUUAUUGCGUACAUCAUUACUAAGCAUAUAGUUUUACAAAUCAACAAUGGAUUGUGGAAUAAUAACUUCUAAAUCGGUUUUACUUUUUCUCAGUGUAAUAUUCUGGGUUGCAGGUGCCGCUCUUUCUUACGUGGGAUCCUAUGUGUUCACCAGCUACAAAAACUAUGACAACUUCCUGGAAGACAAAUACACUCUGCUGCCUGCAGUGGUCAUCCUUGCUGUUGCCACGGUGAUGUUCAUCAUCGGAAUUAUUGGCUGCUGCGCCACACUACGGGAGUCCCGCGUUGGACUGGGAUUUUUCCUGGUCAUUAUCCUGAUAAUUUUUGCUGCUGAAGUUGCUGCCUUUGUGCUUGCAAUCAUCUACCAGGGACGGAUAAAAAGUGAUAUUGAGAGGUCAAUGAAUGAUGUAUUCCAGAAGUAUGAUGGGAAUAAUGCUGAAAGCAGGGCAGUGGAUUACUUGCAACAACAGGUGCAGUGCUGUGGAAUCAAUAGCUACCUUGACUGGAAUACCACUCAGUGGUACAACUCCACUGGUAACCACUCUGUACCUGAGAGCUGCUGCAAACAGGGCUUUACUAACUGCACCGGGAGCAUGGACCAAACAGAAAACAUCUACACUCUGGGCUGUGAAUCCAAGCUGGCGCGCAUCCUGCAAGAUGUGCUGAGCUAUGCCAUGCUGGUGAUCCUGGGAUUUGCCAUUAUCAAGUUUUUCGGGAUGCUGAGUGUGUGCGUGAUUACAUGCAGGAACAGGAGACAGCGUGAAUAUCAGCCUUUGUAUUCGGGAACGUAUGCAUAAAGAGUAUUGAGAGCCCCAGAUGAGAGCAUCCAAAGCUGUUCUCCUUUUACUGAGGGACACUUACUGUACACUGUAUCCAGCAUGUUACAAAUACAGCUAUUGUAGUUUAACAGAGUUAUUGCUUUUUUCAAACUAGCUUAAGAAAAAGAGGAAGAUCUUCUGAUUGCUUCAUUUGCAGUUCACCUUCUGUUGAGUUUUUGUGAUGACUGAAAAUAAUACAAAGUGAAUCUAUCCAACAAGAAGAAUACGUUAGUUAAGAUAACUGAUAUUUCCCACCCAUGCCAAGUUGCACUUAAAAUGGCUCCAGUAUUGAAAAUGGUCCUCCUGUACAGUGUGCCUACUUGUAAGCUGUGAUGAAUUGUUUGUGGGACUGGGGUUGUCUGGGCCUAUUUUGCUUGUAACUAGCAGGUCCAUUUGCUUGCAUGUAAUAUAAUGGGCACAUUUUCUUCAAUUCCUGAAGUUGAACAAGUUGCUAUUGCCUUAGGAAUGCAUUUGUUUUUAAUAAGGAAACAUAUUUUGGACAUAUUUAAUUUCUUGACAGGUUUAACUUGGUCUUAAUACAUUGUAGCCAAAUGUUACACAUUAGAAAUGGAGAUGUGAGCACAUGCACAGAUUUAUUUCAUUUUUAAAAAUUAAAUUACGUAGAGAAAUAUAAUUAAUCCUGUUAAAGAUAUGAAUUCUGAAACUUUAUUGUUUUUGCUUACUUUCCAAGCGUUUGAUUGACCAGUAUGUACUUAACAACAAAAAAAAUCAAUAAACUUUAUAGACUA